UAUUGAAAAGCUAACUCAAUCAGAAUAUUUAUUGCAAAUAAAAAACAAAAUUAGAUUAAGAGGGGCGGUGGGUAAAGAGCUGAAGCUGAGCGACGCGAGGAGAGCGGAGAGGUAGAGAGAGAGAGAGAGUGGAGAGAGGAGAGAGGAGCGAUUUAGGGUUUUGAAAUCCUAUCCAAUCCAAAGGUCAGUUAAGCAGCGAGAGCCUCUGCAGUAAUUUCAAGAUUGUUUUGUGAAUUUUGCUUUUCUCUAUUAGGUUUUUUUAUCGUGUAAGAAUUUUGAGAAUUAGGAAGAGUGCGUGAGCGAUUGAGGGUUGGUGUGAGAGAGAGAGAGAGAGGGAAAGGAGAGAGAGAAAUUUGUGGGAGCUGCCCAAAUUCGCCAUUUCCUAGAUAGCAGGGCCUCUUUUCGUCAUGACCGACCGAAAGCUCGUUGUGCUGGGGAUUCCAUGGGAUGUGGAUACUGAAGGAUUGAGGGAAUACAUGAGCAAAUUCGGGGAGCUGGAGGACUGCAUUGUAUUGAAGGAGCGUUCUACCGGUCGUUCUCGUGGUUUUGGAUAUGCGACAUUUGUGACAGCCGAGGAUGCAAAGGCAGCAUUAGCAAGUGAGCAUUUCCUUGGCAAUAGGGUGUUGGAAGUCAAAGUAGCCACCCCAAAGGACGAAAUGAAAACAUCAUCUAAGAAAGUUACCAGGAUAUUUGUGGCUAGGAUUCCACCAUCAGUAACUGAAGCUGUUUUCAGAAGUCAUUUCGAGAAAUACGGUGAAAUAACAGAUUUAUACAUGCCGAAGGAUCCAUCCACCAAAGGCCAUCGUGGAAUUGGAUUUAUCACUUUUGCAAAUGCUGAAGCAGUAGAUGAUCUAAUGGUUGAGACUCACGAGUUAGGCGGUUCAACUGUGGUUGUGGAUAGAGCAACCCCGAAGGAGGAAGAAUUUAGGCCAGUUAGCCGAACACCCCAAAGUGGGGGUGGAUAUGGAGCAUAUAAUGCUUAUAUUAGUGCUGCAACUAGAUAUGCUGCACUUGGUGCACCAACCCUGUAUGAUCCUCCUGGCGCUGUGUACGGAAGGGAGGUACCUCGUGGAAUGGGCAAAAAAAUCUUUGUUGGUAGGCUUCCUCAGGAGGCAAGUGUAGAAGAUCUUCGCCAUUAUUUUGGGAGAUUUGGACGAAUUUUAGAUGUUUAUGUGCCAAAGGACCCCAAGAGAACUGGUCAUAGAGGAUUUGGUUUCGUGACUUUCGCUGAUGAUGGUGUUGCAGAUCGUGUAGCUCGGAGAUCUCAUGAGAUAUGUGGACAGCAGGUUGCCAUAGAUUCAGCAACACCUAUUGAUGAUGCUACUGCUGCGGCUGCUGCUGGCCCAAGUGGUACUUUCUCGAUGAAUAAUCCCGAGCCAUUUGGGUAUGGUGCACCACCUGUGCGCUCUUAUGGUAGGAUGUAUGGGAGCUUAGAUUUUGAUGAUGUGAGUACUGAUGUAUUAUUUUUUCUGGCAUUCACCCUAAAGAAUCUGUGCAAGCUUGUGUUUUCCAUAGUUCAUGUCACCAUCUAUGUAUGAUCUCUAUACCUUGUACCUCAUCUCUGCACGGUGAUAUAUUUUAUGUGUGGCCUUUGUAUAACAUUUCUCUGGCUUUUCUUGCUGUGGUAAUGAUACCAUAAUGCUGAAAAGUUGAAGCUUACAUCAUAUCCCAAUCCAGUAUUUAGUGAUUUUAGUUUUAAAUUUAUGUCAACAAUUAUUAAAGGUAAACAUGAUGGUGUGUUUGCAUGCUUGUUCUCCUGAAUGAUAGUGUUUAGUAAGCCGUCUUGAAUUUUUGUGCUUUUUCUGGCAAUCGUAACCAUUUACAUGUUUAUUUAAAUAAUUUGGAUGAAUAACUUGUUUGCUGUGUAAAAUGUAUCUCAAUUUGCUUCUGGGAUAUCAAAAAUUAUGAUUUGUAUUCUAACCUAACAUGAAGAAGAAAAUUAAUUGUUCUUUUCCAUUUGAGAAAUCUUGUCAGUAAAUACAUUAUAGUAGUAGCAUCAUGUAUCCAAUUCUUUAGAUGGUUGGUCACAAGGUAUGAAGUGCAAACUCUUGUACUGACUGAGUGUAAUUAUUACUUGGCAGUGGGGUUACGGCGUGGGUGGCAGUAUGAGUGGAGGCAGACCUCCGCGCGCAGAUUACAGGUAUAGGCCUUAUUAAGACGGUAGCCGCCUUAUCUGAUCAAUCCUGGACAUUUGAUGCAGAUUCAGACUUGUGGAUUGUCUUGAAUCAUAGAAGGAAAUAUCUCUAUUUGAUUAAUCCAGGCACUUCUUUUUAGUUACCUCGUGUUGUUCGUGUCGAAAGUUUGACAGCAAAUGUUACUGUUUGAGUUAGAUGCUAGUUGAUCUUGAAUCCAACAUUUAACUGGUAGUUGGUAUUUAUAUGAAGAUGCUUUUUGAUUUUA